CUUGCACAGCCACAACUUCUUUCGGAGCUACAAAGCUAGCAGCUACCUGCAAAAGUCUACGUACCUUAAUUUUUCUCUUUUUCCGAGCAAAAAUGGUUACCGUCGAGGAAGUUAGGAGGGCUCAAAGGGCCGAAGGACCGGCGACGAUCAUGGCCAUCGGAACAGCUACGCCACCAAAUUGUGUCGAGCAAAGCACUUAUCCGGAUUAUUAUUUUCGCAUUACUGAUAGUGAGCAUAAGACUGAGCUCAAAGAAAAGUUUAAGCGCAUGUGUGACAAAUCGAUGAUUAAGAAGCGUUACAUGUACUUGACAGAGGAAAUCUUGAAGGAAAAUCCCAAUAUUUGUGCUUACAUGGCACCCUCACUAGAUGCUAGGCAAGACAUGGUGGUUGUUGAAGUACCAAAACUGGGCAAAGAAGCAGCCCAAAAGGCCAUUAAGGAAUGGGGUCAGCCCAAGUCCAAGAUCACCCAUCUAGUCUUCUGUACCACUAGUGGUGUGGACAUGCCUGGAGCAGACUAUCAGCUCACCAAACUCUUGGGCCUUCGCCCGUCCGUCAAGCGCCUCAUGAUGUACCAACAGGGUUGUUUUGCUGGUGGGACGGUCCUCCGGGUAGCCAAGGACUUGGCUGAGAACAACAAAGGUGCCCGUGUCCUUGUCGUCUGCUCAGAAAUCACUGCAGUUACAUUCCGUGGCCCAAGUGACGCGCAUUUGGAUAGUCUUGUAGGCCAAGCCCUGUUUGGAGAUGGGGCAGCUGCCAUCAUUAUCGGCGCCGAUCCGGUUCCCGAAGUUGAGAGGCCCUUGUUUGAGAUCGUUACAGCAGCCCAAACCAUUCUUCCCGACAGUCACGGGGCUAUCGACGGCCAUCUUCGUGAGGUUGGGCUUACGUUCCAUCUUCUCAAGGAUGUUCCCGGGUUAAUCUCAAAGAACAUUGAAAAGAGCCUGAAAGAAGCAUUUGAGCCUCUUGGUAUUUCUGACUGGAACUCACUCUUUUGGAUUGCACAUCCUGGUGGACCUGCAAUUUUGGACCAAGUGGAGGAAAAACUGGCUCUAAAGCCCAAAAAAUUACGGGCUACUAGGCAUGUGAUGAGCGAGUAUGGAAAUAUGUCAAGUGCCUGUGUCCUGUUCAUUCUUGAUGAGAUGAGAAAGGCCUCAGCCAAGGAUGGAUUCAACACCACAGGGGAAGGCUUAGAAUGGGGUGUGCUCUUUGGUUUUGGGCCUGGACUCACAGUUGAGACAGUGGUUCUUCACAGCGCCACGAUUCAAAAGUAAUAAUGUUUGAAUCUUUCAAUGAAUAUUCCAAAUCUGUAUUACUAUGGAGUACUAAGUAAUUUUUUUUAUGUGUGCCUUGAGUUUAUGUAACAAUCAUGACAAUAAGGUGUUACACCUUGUUCUGGUAUAUUUUGUCAUAUAUGAUAUGAAGAACUUGAUUUCAGUGCAUCAAGAAGUUUGACGUA